UCGAAACCGAAACGAGAAUCGCAAAGGCCCCGCCUAUAAAUCCUGUAAAUAUAAUUUACUCGGGCUUUCGCGAUGAUGCUUUUAUAAAAUAGAUAAAAUAGAUCUGUGCGGCAGCAGAGUGGUGGAACAAUGGAAACCAGUAAACUAAUAUGUGUCUUCGCGAUAUUAUCGCAAGCGGCAGCUUUGUUGACGUCACCGCCGCGGAUCGUCAAGCAGCCGACGGUUGAGGAGCUGCUAUUCCAAGUGGCGCAGCCCGGAGAGGUGGACAAGCCUUUCAUCAUCGAGUGCGAGGCGGAAGGAGAACCGGCACCCAAGUACCGGUGGAUCAAGAACGGGAAACCUUUCGAGUAUACUAGCUACGACAACCGGAUCUCGCAGCAACCAGGACGUGGUACUUUAGUAGUAAGCCAGCCACGGAACGAGGACCUCGGGCAGUACCAAUGUUUCGCCUACAACGAGUGGGGGACCGCGACGUCCAACUCGGUGUUCGUGAGGAAAGCGGAGCUGAACUCCUUCAAGGAGACCGACGGCCCUCAACAAACGAUGACCGCCCAAGAAGGCUUGCCGUUCAAACUCACUUGCGAACCACCCGACGGUCACCCAAGCCCGAACGUCUACUGGAUGCUGCAGGGCGAACAAGGGCAGCUGAAAACCAUAAACAAUUCCCGCAUGACUCUGGACCCCGAAGGAAACUUGUGGUUUUCGAACGUCACGCGAUUCGACGCCAGUGUGGACUACGCGUACACUUGUGCGGCCAAAUCCGUGUUUAGGAACGAGUAUAAACUCGGUAACAAAGUUUAUCUGCAAGUGCAGCACACGGGUAUUUCCCCGACGCUGAAUAAGCAUGAACCUGUCAGGCAGUAUACUACCAGGAGGGUGGAGAAAGCUUGGCGCGGGAAGAAAGUCGAACUCUAUUGUAUUUAUGGCGGAACGCCAUUGCCUCAAGUGGUGUGGAAGAAGGACGGUCGAACGAUGCUGUCGUCGCAGCGGUUGACGCAGGACAACUACGGCAAGACGCUGGUCAUAAAGCGUGCUGGUUACGAGGACCAGGGCACCUACACUUGUGAAGUCAGCAACGGCGUGGGUACAGCGCAGUCCUACUCCAUACAGCUCAAUGUUGAGGCGGCGCCGUUCUUCAUCGAGGAGCCCCAGUUCCAGAACCUCGCGGAAGGCGAGACGGCCACGAUCCACUGCAAAGCGGGCGGAACCCCCGAACCUAUGAUCUCGUGGGUGCACAACGGCAAGCCCAUCGAGCAGGCGGAGCAGAACCCGCGGCGGCAGGUGUCUGCCAACUCCAUCACCAUCAGCGACCUGGUCAAGAAGGACACGGGCAACUACGGCUGCAACGCCACCAACUCCAACGGUUACGUGUACAAGGACGUCUAUAUUAACGUGCAAUCAAUACCGCCUGAAAUCAAGGAAGGUCCAGACAACUUGACCAAAGUUGACGGCUCCGAGGCCGUGCUCAAGUGUAGAGUUUUCGGCGCGCCAAAGCCUAUUGUCAAGUGGAUGAGGGAUGACGUAGAUGUUACUGGUGGCAAGUACAACAUAACUUCAGAGGGUGACCUUGUAAUCCGCGACGUAUCAUACACCGAUGUGGGCACCUACCAGUGCUAUGCUAAAAACAAGUUUGGGGAGAAGUCUGCUUUUGGCUCCCUAACUGUUAAAAAGCGCACCGUCAUCACUGACAAGCCCGAACACUACGAGGUGGCAGCCGGAUCAUCGGCGACCUUCCGUUGUAACGCAAACGCCGACGACUCCCUCAAGCUGGAGAUCAUCUGGCUCAACGACGGCCAGCCGAUAGACUUCGACAACCAGCCGCGGUUCCGCAUGACCAAUGACUACUCGCUGCUGAUCUCGGACACCACGGAGCUGGACUCCGGGGAGUACACUUGUAUCGCCAUGACUGCAAUCGACGAGGCGAGGGCGCAAGCCACGCUGACUGUACAAGAUAAACCGAACCCACCCGCACUCGACGGUAUCGAGUGUCGCGAAAAGGUGGCCACCCUCCGCUGGCAUUCCAUGGGAGACAACCGAGCGCCCAUACUAACCUUCUCCAUCCAAUACAACACUACUUUCACUCCCGACACCUGGGACCUGGCUUCGGACUCCGUACCAGCUAUCGACACCUCCUGGGCUGUAGAACUGAGUCCAUGGUCAAAUUAUACCUUCAGAGUUAUAGCCUGGAAUAAGAUUGGAGCAUCCAGUCCCUCGUCCCAUUCAGAUGUGUGUACAACUCAGCCAGAUGUGCCAUAUAAGAACCCUGAUAAUGUUGAGGGCAAAGGACGUGAACCCACCAAUAUGGUCAUUUCUUGGACGAAAAUGCCUCAAAUCGAGCACAACGGUCCCGGCUUCUACUACUUCGUAUCAUGGCGACGCAACAUUUCCGGCGCGGCGUGGAGCGACCAACAAGUUCGGGACUGGCGACAGACGGAGCUGGUCGUGUUGAGUACGCCCACCUUCCAGCCGUAUAGGAUCAAGGUAAUCGCCAUCAACUCGAAAGGAUCCUCAAAUGUUGCACCAGUCGAGGUAAUCGGAUGGUCAGGAGAAGAUACUCCCCUACAAGCUCCUUCUAACUUCACUCUGGUUCAAGUGACUACAGGUACUACUGCUCUCCUCAGUUGGAACCCAGUCACUCCUGAAUCCGUUCGGGGACACUUCAAGGGCUACAAAAUCCAGACCUGGGUCGAUGGGGAGGAAGACAGACCCAAAGAAAUCCUAGUCAAAGCGGACGCAUCCAGCGCCUUGGUCUCUAAAUUCAAACCUUUUAGAAAAAAUAACGCGAGGAUUUUAGUCUACAACGGAAGAUACAAUGGACCGCCGAGCGAAACUUUAAGCUUCGUCACUCCCGAAGGCAAACCGGGUACCGUACGCUCCUUCGUGGCGUACCCAAUCGGAUCGUCAGCCAUGCUCCUCAGAUGGGACAAGCCGAUGAACGAGAACGGAAUCCUGACCGGCUAUAAGAUAUACUACCAGAAAGUUUUCGGAACGAAAAUUGGACAGUUGCAAGAACGCAAGAAGGAAAUCGAUCCAAAAUUCGACCGCGCAAAGUUGGCUGGACUCGAACCCAACACGAAGUACCGGAUCGAGAUUCGCGCAAAGACGAAAGCUGGUGAAGGUGACAAGUAUUACGUGGAACAAACCACUAAAGCAAUGGUCAACGCGGUUCCCGAAGUGCCAAUAUUUGAAACGAGUACCUUACCUGCCAAAGAAGGAACCGCUCAUAUUCUAGUUAGAUGGAUUCCCUCGUUGGACGGCCACGCUGGAACUCAUUUCGUGGCGUGGUACAGGCUGAAAGGCCACCCGGAUUGGUUGCAAAGCAAUGAGGUUACUGAGGACGACUACGUGAUAUUGACUGGUUUGGAACCGGGACAGGAGUACGAAGUGAAGGUAACUGCGCAUGAUGGCGAGUACUUCAGCACCAGUGAAGCGCGCGUUGUUGAUACAACUAUUGACGGGCCGCACGUGCGGCUGCGCGAGGAGGCCACGGCCACGGCCAGCUGGUUCAUCGGCGUCAUGGUGGCGCUGGCCUUCCUGCUGCUGGUGCUGGUGCUGGUGUGCGUGGCGCGCCGCAACCGCGGCGGCAAGUACGACGUGCACGACCGCGAGCUGGCGCACGGCCGCGCCGACUGCGCCGACGCCGCCUUCCACGAGUACACGCACCCACUUGACAACAAAUCGCGGCACUCGAUGAGCAGUGGCACAAAGCCCGGCCCCGAGAGCGACACUGACUCCAUGGCAGAGUAUGGCGAAGGCGAAACUGCGGGUAUGAACGAGGACGGCUCGUUCAUCGGGCAGUACGGUCGCAAGCGCCGCCCGCCUCCCUCCGGUCGCUUCACAGAAGACGGUUCGUUCAUAGGACAGUACGUGCCGGGCGCGCGCGUACUGCCCCCACCACCCGCGCCGCCACCCGCACCCGCAACACCCCUCAGCGGACUCAACACCCAACCACCCACAUACGUGUAAACUGGGAAGCAACGAUUUUUUUUACGAGAAAUUGACUACUGAACACUGAUCACGACAAUGAAGUGAACAUUAAAUGUUCUCAGUUAAUCCCACUUCUGAUUUAAAAGUAAACAUGCUCUAGUAAUUCUAAAGUCACUUUAAACAUCAUGAUUUUUGAAAAACAGAGCGUUCAGUACUUUAUUUCGCAGUGUGUUUGAUAUGGAUUUGUUUCGAAACUGAAUCUCAAAGUUUAUUAAAAAUAAUGUCGAGGUGGGAAAUAUGUGCACUAUUUACGUCAGGAGAAUAGUUACUUAUAUGAUUGUAAGCUCGACUCUGAGUCACCUUUUGUGGCAUUCAUUCGUAUACGAUCUGCUGUCAGCUCACUAUUUUACAGGCAACUUAUUGGUCAUUGUAAUCUUUAAAGGGCAAGUCAUUGUCAGCCGUCCAUUUACCAGUUAUCAAAUACUUUUGAUUUGCAGUCAGCUUAGUGGGCGGAGCUUGAACUAGGCUUGCGUGAGUAACUAUUUUCUAAUCGCGAAUAAACGAUAUUUUGCUAAUAUUUCUGCCA